UGGGAGCAGACCUGAAGGCAAGGAAGACAGAAACACAAAGAGAGUCAGAAGCAUCACAGUGGAGAUACAGCAGCUGCUCUAGAUCAGGGCUUUGGACAGCGCAGCGGAAAGAGAACGAAGCCGACAACUCCGACAACAAGAGCACAUGUGUAAAGCGAUGUUACAACGAACCGGACCCCAUCUGCUUUUCCUAAUAGCCCUGUGCAGUGUGUUUUACUCCCGGACUUUGAGUCUGCCAUACACAUCCAUGAGACCGUCGAGACACGCAGACGGUCUGUUCACCAGUGGAUACAGCAAACUGCUCGGACAGCUGUCAGCGCGGAGGUAUCUGGAGUCUCUGAUCGGAAAACGGGUCAGUGACGAGCUGAUGGAUGAGCCAGUGAAGCGCCACUCAGACGCCAUCUUUACAGACAAUUACAGCCGCUUCCGCAAACAGAUGGCCGUCAAGAAGUACCUCAACUCAGUGUUGACAGGAAAGAGAAGCCUAGAAGAUCCUGUAGCCAGUGACCCAGAGGACUCCAUGGAUGAACCCAACACCUUCCAGGACAGCUACAGUGACAUCAACGUAGACCAUCUCCUAAACAACUUUCAAUUGCCACUUUGAGGAGAGCUCUGCACUCGAGUGAAUACCUCAAGUCAUCCUCAUGAAACCGUCCAUUC